CUGUAGUGUUGGCAGCGCGCAGUCCCUUAUGUGAAAUCGUUUGUUGGUUUGUUAUUUUGGCAAAAAUCGUGCAUUUCGAAGUGACGCCACGAAAAAUAGCCCAAAUCUGUGUGCCAGAAGUGCGUGGGGCGUUCUUUUAACCCCCUGAAACCGCCCUAUUGGGUAGGCUUUGAAUUGACGAUCGGACGCUAGCUCACUUGAUGUUUGACAAAAAGCCGUGUUAUUCAUUUGUUUAAAUGGUUGAAGUGACGUUAGAGGAGAUCUCAAACUGGAUCAGCCACAGGAAAUGUCAGAAAACAUAGAUGAGUUGCGGAAUAUGCUAAUUACGUUUCGGGUGUCCGAACUGCAGAUGCUAUUGGGUUUUGCUGGACGGAAUAAGUCAGGAAGAAAAACCGAGCUUCAACAGAGGGCUUUAGAGCUCCUUAGAGUGCGAUCGCAUCCGAUUCAUCAGAAAAUCAGAGACUUGUACAAAAGUAUUCAACAGCAAGGGGGUUCCUUGAGCAACGUACCAACGCCGUCAUUAUCACCAGGAAGCAAAGACCACAAUAUGCCGCAGCCCCAAGGGACGGUGCCGAGAACCACCGCCACAGUGCACCCCUACAACAUCGACAGUCGGCAAUUAUCCACCCGCCAGCCGUCGCUGUACAACCAAAGCGUCUACAACCCUUAUCCCCAAUACACCCAACAGAAAUCCCAACAAGGUUCAAUUGCAGCCAACAAUUUCCCCAUCCAUCCUGAUGUGAAAUUCCGUCGUCUCCCCUUCUUCGACAUCAUCUCCGAUCUGCUUAAACCCUCAACACUUAUGCCACAAAGCAACCAACGCAUGCAAGAGGCCACUUUCUAUUUCCAUCUCACCCCACAACAAGCCACAGACAUCGCAAGCUCACGCGACAUUCGACCAGGCGUCAAAUGCGAUUAUGUCAAACAAGUACAAUUGAGAUUCUGUCUGUUGGAAACAACAUGUGAACAAGAUGAUUUUUUCCCGCCGAAUGUCAUCGUCAAAGUUAACAAUAAACCAUGUCCUCUACCAAACCCAAUACCAACAAAUAAGCCGGGGGUUGAACCGAAACGACCACCAAGACCGGUUAACAUAACGCCAAUGGUUAAGUUAAGCCCCAUCGUGGCCAACAUGAUUACGGUGUCAUGGGCGCCGGAUUACGGACGAGGGUAUGCCAUUUCAGUGGCGUUGGUACAAAAAUUAACUUCGUCCGAUUUGUUGCAACGGUUGAAGGCCAAAGGACCCAAACAUUCCGAUUAUACGCGUGGAUUAAUUAAAGAAAAAUUGAAGGAAGAUGCGGAUUCUGAGAUCACGACGACUUGUCUCAGAGUCUCUUUGAUCUGUCCUUUGGGCAAAAUGCGCAUGACGACACCGUGUCGUGCCAUCACGUGCAAUCAUUUGCAGUGUUUUGAUUCGUCGUUGUUCCUACAAAUGAAUGAGAGGAAGCCGACUUGGACCUGUCCAGUGUGUGAUAAACCGGCCCUCUACGAUAAUCUAACCAUUGAUGGUUAUUUCCAGGAAGUGUUAGCUUCGCCUAACCUCCCACCUGACUUGAACGAGAUUCAGUUACACAAAGACGGCUCUUGGAGCACCCAAGUGUCCGAUAAAAAAGUGACAAAAAGUGAACACGUGCCGAUCGAUGACUCGAUUGAAAUAAUCGGCGAUGACAUUGAAUUAGUCACGUCAGGCACAACUGCAACUUCCUCAACUGAUAAGUCAAAAGACGAUAAAUCGAAGGAUAAAAUCGUCGAUUUGACGUGUUCCGACUCUGAUGAUGACGAGCCGUUGGCGAAACGUCGCGUCGUUAACCCGAAGCCUGACUCGACCAUCAAAUUCUCAGAUACGACCAGUAUUUCGUCAAGUAGCAACCAAUCGCGUGUGACUACGACUCCAGGUCCGUCGAGUGUUUCUAGUUCCGGAUAUCCGGCGAGUCCGUCAAUUAUUACGUUGGAUAGUCCGUCCCCGCCCCGUUCGCCGAAUCAGGCCAAUCAGCAGCCGGCUUCUUGUAUGUUGGCCAAUCAGAACGGGACUGGGAAUGAAGCUGCGUCGCUGUUCACGCCCGGUUCGAUGCCGUUUUUGGAUUUGGAGAACGAAGCGAGUGCUAAUAUGAAUUAUACAACCGGGUAUUAAAUUCAAAGUUACCGUUAAGUCAAAAGUUAAUUUAAUUUCAAUAAACGUAUUUUUGUACAUAAGUUAGUGUUAAUUAAGCUUAAUGAACUUUUUCUCAGUAGUGUGUUACUCCAGUUAGGUUGAAUGUCUUAUUUUUCUAUAAUUGCAGGUUUUUUAUUUAUAAUUGUUUCAUACCUAUUUGUUUUUUGUGAAAACUAUAAGUCGUAAUAAAUCUUUUUUUGAUAAA